UCGAGUUAAUUGAACUUUACAUCACUGAAAGAUCAUCAUUGUUUCAAUUCAGUCACCCAAUGUCAGAUUGUUUCAACUCAGUCACUCAUUUUCGAAUUUGUUUCAAUUUCAUCACCCUGGGCAGAUUUCCACAAAUCUGGGCAGUCAACCUUGCCUACAUGACAUUUUGACUCUUACGUGUAAUAUGAGUUAGAAUAAAAAAAAUCAAAAUUAAAAACCAAAAAAACCCUAACCCAACUCACAUCACAUAUCCCUCAAGCACGUGCGCCGCUCCUCUUCUUGGCCCUCAAAAAUCUCGCUUUGAGCAAUCACCCAACUCUCCUCUUCUUAGCCCAUCAACCUUGCAAAAUUCAUCUCCCUUGAACAAAAGCUCUUGGUAUUGUUUAGUUGUUAGAAAAUGACUCAGUCUGAGGUUGUUGAUUAUUCUCUUGAUGCGUAUAUGGCGAAUUUGGAAAAGAAUGAUGGUUCUGUUGAUGUUAACGUAGGCAAUGGACAUGGAGGGAAUGAGGAUGACAGUGAUGGCAGUGGAGAUGAUUUCAGUGGUAGUGAUGGCAGUGUUGAUGGAGAUGGCAGUGGUGACAGUGUUGAACUUUAUGAUAGUGGAGAUGAUGGUCGCAGUGGUGCUUACGGCAUUGGUGGUGAUAUUGGCAGCGAUGAAGACCUCAAUUUGGAGUACGAAUCAGAGAAUGAGGACAUCUUGUUGUAUGAAGAUGAUAGUGAAGAUGGAAUUAGGAGACGUAGGGUAGCAAAUCCAAAGUUCAAUCCUAAGGUUACUUCAAAAGUGACUAAUAUAAAUUUGGAAUGAAUUUAUCUUUUUAGU